GUUGAAUCCAGUACCCAGGCCAUGACCUUAUCAAAAUGGAUGCUCUGAUAUCUUCCUCCUCGGGUUUAAAAUGACCAUCGACCCCCCGGGGAUGCGAGGGUCACCAGUGACGCAGGCAUUUCUCUUCAUAGUAUCAGAGCAUACUACUCUAUCAAACAUCAUCAACAAUGGUUUCAAUAUCGGGCGAAUGGCGGCGACUCAGUGUCGGCGUUGUAGGAGGAGGUAUUGGUGGUCUGGCAGUCGCCAUCUCCCUCCGUCGUGCAGGCCACGAUGUGACCGUCUAUGAGCGUCAUGACUUUGCGGGCGAGGUUGGCGCCUCCAUAUCUUGCGCGGCCAACGGUACGAGGUGGCUGCAUGAAUGGGGCGUGGAUAUCGCCAAGGGAGAUCCGGUGAUAUUGCGCAAGCUCAUCAACCGCGACUGGAAGACGGGGGAACCAGUCAGCGUCUACGAUCUUAACGACUACGAGGAGCGUUGGGGAUAUGUAUACAACAUGUUUCAUCGCCAGUACAUGCAUGCGAUGCUGAAGGACUGCGCAUUUCAGGAAGAGGGUGAAGGAACGCCGGCCAAGCUUCUGGUCAACCAUCAGUGCAAGGAUAUCGAUCUAGACACCGGCAUGAUUACCUUUACCAACGGAAACACAGCCCAGCACGAUCUCAUCGUGGGAGCAGAUGGCAUCGGUUCUGCCGUCAGACGUAUCAUCGGUCUCAAUCCGGAAAAGAGGCCGGCCGAUUCAAGCUGUCUGCAUGCCAAUGUACUCACCGAGGAUGCCGUCCGGCUCGGCCUAGUCGACUACUCAAAGGACAGUGCAUUGGAGUACUGGGGAGGCCAGGAGGGCAAGUGGGACAAGAUCGUGCUCUCGCCUUGCAACGGUGGUCGCUUGCUGUCCUACUACUGCUUCUUCCCUCGGGAAAAGGGAGAUUAUACUAACCACAGCUGGGACGCUGACGACCGUCCCGUCGAGGAACUUCUGGCUCUCUACCCAAACCUUGAUAGUCAAGUACACUCUCAUCUGAGCAUCGGCAAAGAAAUUCGACCAUGGCGUCUCUGGAUGCAUCAACCAUACCCAUACAUCGCGCGCAGCAUGGUGUGUCUGUUAGGCGAUGCGGGACAUCCGAUGAUGCCUCACCAGAGCCAAGGUGCCUGCAUGGCGAUUGAAGACGCUGCGGCACUGGGUCUCAUCUUCAGCAAGGCGUUCUUCAGGAGCGAUGUUGUGGAUUCGCUUUCGAUAUACCAAGAGAUUCGACUGCCCCGAGCCACCAAGGUCCAGGCGGCUUCUGCAAAGGCAGCAUACAAUAUCAACGAGCGCAUCGGCUUCUCCAGCAACACUGAUAUCUCAACAUACAAGGUCGAGGAUGAGAAGCAGAAGCUGACAAUUGAGGAGAUGAAUGCGUACGAGAUGUCCAAGGAUAUCGAAGAAAUAAUAGCAACACGCAAAGGAGUCCCCUUCACAAAGAAGUUCAUCAGAGGCCUUCCCAUCGGCCUGAAGCUAUCAAAUGGACUAACGGUUGGUGAGUCUUGAGGGGAGGGUUAUGUUAUGGUAACGCCUAGCAUCGCUUGUCCAAUACCUAUUUGAUUCAUAUUUUGUAUAUGGCUAUUCUUCCAGAUUGGUAUUUGUUGGAUCAGAUCUAUAAUGCGAUGUGAUGAGCAUAUUCAAA